AUGUUCAUAGAUUGUAUAGCUAGUCCUGGUCAUUUGAGAGGCAUUGACCCUUGGGUAUCGCACUUCGCAUAUGCCUCCGGCGUUGACUUGAAGCUCAUCCCCUCCAUCCCAUUAGACCCAUUAGAUGGGCCCGCAAACACGAUGGUUUUGGAAAACAGUAACGUGGCCAUGGUGACUGAUCGCUGGAUUGUGAAAGAAUUGAUUGAUAGUAAAAGCUCGCUACACACCCGCUGGCCUUACUCCUGCGCUUCGCAUGCAGUCAUCACUGCAGGCGACCAUCCGUCGGUAAUGCACCAUGAAUCAUAA